AUGCCCACUCGCCAGGCCCUGAAUUUCGCGCAGGAGCGGGGGCUUGACCUCGUCGAGGUCGCACCAGGCAGCAGACCGCCAGUCUGCCGGUUGAUGGACUAUGGCAAAUUCAGGUAUGAGGCAACACGCAGAGAACGGGAGGCUCGGAGGGCCCAGCGAAGCAAGACCACCAAUGAGCUGCGAGAAGUCCGGCUCGAAGGACGCAUCGGCGACCACGAUCUCGAAACCAAGAUCCGUCAGGUCAAACGCCUUCUUGGCGAGGGUUCGAAAGUCCGGGUGUCGGUUCGCUUUCGUGGUCGCGAGAUAACCCACCCGGAAAUCGGCAUGGCCCUGUUGCGGCGAGUCGCCGAAAGCCUCGUCGAGGACGCGGGCAUGGAAAAGGCUCCUUCGUUCGAGGGACGGUUCCUCGCCAUGAUCUUGGCCCCCGUAAGCACUGGCGGCAAGACUUCCAAGCAGAAAGACGAGCAAUCACAGAAGACCGAAAAGGAGAAGACGCGUGCCUAA